AUGGUGUUUGCCAGCUCCUGCUGUCACUAUCAGGUCAUCUCUCAGUCCCUGGAGUGCUGGAGUGGCCCCACAGCCCUCCCUCCCCACCUGGCCCCUGCAGUGUUUGUGGUGAUCAGAGCUGACUCCUUCAGCCCUGGCUUCCAUGCAGAAGAGUGCAGCAAUCCUGGCAUCCACAGCUGCCAGCCUUCCCCUGUCCUGCUGGCAGAGGUGCUGUCUGGAGAGAGGGAAAGCCUCCUUGUCCCUUCCUCACCAGCCUCUAUUGCAGGGGAAAAACUGAUGUCUGAGUGCAGUGAAACAGAAGACUCUGUCUGUGUCCCCUGUGACAGCGGGCACUAUCAGCCAAGCUGGACCAAGGAGAAGCACUGUGCUCCUCAUGACAUCUGUGAAAGCAAUGCUGGCCUGAUUGAGAAGAUAAAAGGAAAUGCAACACACAACACGGUGUGCCAGUGCCAGGCUGGCACGCACUGCUCUGACAUCAGCUGCCAGACCUGUGUGGAGAACCAGCCUUGCCAGCUUGGCUCUGGCUUCGUGGCAGCCAAGGCCAUGGAGCGGAUGUCAUCCCCCUGUGAGCCCUGUGCAGAAGGCACCUUCUCCAACGUCUCGUCUAAAACCGAGCCGUGCCACCCCUGGACAAGUUGUGAGGAAAAGGGGCUGAUGGUGAAGGUGAAAGGGACGAACUCCUCGGAUGUGAUCUGUGAGUCGAGCAGGCGCUCCUCCCUGUCAGUGCUGAUCCCCAUCACAGCUGCAGUUGUCACAUGCCUCGUGGGUGUCUGCAUCUACUGCCUGGUGCACACAGAUUCCAGGCGACGAGGGCCAAAGGAGAUAGAGGCUGGGGAGCCCGGAGAGAACUCAGAUACCCAGCGGCCCACGGAGCAGGAUGAGAAUGUCUUGCCUGUGCAGGAGACCCUACUCAGGGGCCAGCCUGUGGCCCAGGAGGAUGGCAAGGAGAGCCGCAUCUCGGAGCAGGAGAUGCUGUGAAGGCGCAGGGCACUGCCCCCGACAGGAGCACAGACUGGACAGCACCAUCUCCUCUGUCCCCUCUCCAGCUGGGGAGGAAAUCUGGCAUCUGGCCUGGCUGCAAAUGAUGGGAUGCUGCAAUGGACCAUGGCACAACCACCCCACGGGAAUACCACUACAGCUCCUGGUCUGGUCACCUGCACAGGGCUGCCCUGGUGGAGCAAGGCUUGGCUGUCCCCGUGGGGACAUGGAACAGAGCCCCAUCCUGCUUCCUGCCCAGGUGAUGCAAUGAAGCCCAGCGUGCCUGCUCACCUGCUGAGCCCUUGCAGAGCCCAGUGCAGCCCCUGGCACUGCUGGCAGGAAGACCCCAGCACAGAGCCCCAUCUCCCUGAGUGUUGGAGAAGCCAGGGCUGGGAAAGGGGGCUGUGAGAUCACCACGGCAGAGCUCAGUCCCCUGUCUGGGGUGCUGUGGAAGCGCUGCCCGUGCUGGCGCAGUGUCCGGUGGGCGCUGCCAUCCAGACAGGGCACCCCGGCCCCUGCGUGCCGCCCAGCGCUGCCGGGCUCCGUCAGACCAACAAAGGCCGGACCGGCGGGCCCACGGCUCUGCCCCGGGCUGGGGAUCGCGGCGGCGGGGCCGGAGCGCAGACAGCGGCGUGCGGCGGCCGGGAGAUGGUG